AUGGUUGCGGUUGACAUCGACCGAUUUCCGCGGUCGCAGUCGGGGAGAGAGAAAGAUAACGUGGAUGGUAGGUGGGGUGGGGAUGGGCGGGACCCACUUGUAGCGAUGAUGGCUGGGGCGCCGAUAAUUGUCCGGCAAGUUUACGAAUACAACGCGGAUGAAGAAUUCAGGCUAAUCGAGCAGUGCCUCCCCAACUUCCCGUUGGCCGCCCUCGACACCGAGUUUCCGGGCACCAUCUACCACCCACCAGACGACGCCGUCGCCGGCCACCUCCUCCCCCCCCCCGCCUUCUACUCCGUGAUGAAGAAAAACGUGGACGCCCUGAACCUGAUCCAGAUCGGCCUCACCCUCUCGGACGCCGCCGGCAACUUCCCCUCCUUCGGCACCCACUGCCGCUACAUCUGGCAGUUCAAUUUAUGCGAUUUCGACCGCCACUUGCACCCCCACGACCCCAAAUCCAUAUCCCUCCUCCAGCGCCAGGGCAUCGAUUUCGACCUGAACAGACUCGCCGGCAUCCACUCCAUCGACUUUGGCCGCCUCUUCUGGGCCUCGGGCCUCGGCGACAGGUCAAUCGGGCCCGUUUCCUGGAUUACCUUCCACGGGCCCUACGAUUUGGGCUUCCUCGUCAAGGCCCUGUCCGGGGGGCAGAGGCUGCCGGAAAACUUGAACGGAUUCUUGCAGCUGGUGAGCACCUGGUUGGGGACUUGCGUGUACGACGUGAAGAGCAUGAUUGGGUCGUUUGGGCUGCACGGCGGGCUCGAAAAGGUGGCCAAGAGCCUCAAUUUGGGCCGGGCUGCUGGGAGGAGCCACCAGGCGGGUUCGGACAGUCUGCUGACGAUGCACGUGUUUCUGGAGCUGAGGAGAAGGUUGUUGGAGGAUGAUGAUGAUGAUAGGAAAGGGAUGAAUAUUAGAUGGUUGAACCAUUCUCUUUAUGGUCUCGGCCAUAAUGAAAAGAUGGGAAAGAAAUUGCAAAACAAAUGCAACCCUUUAGCACACCCCAAAAAUUUUCUUGUUGUAUUCUUUACGCUGUCGUUUUCGUUUUGUCACUCCCACGAUUAUGGAGAAGCCCUCUCUAAGAGCCUCCUCUACUUUGAGGCCCAACGAUCUGGCCACCUCCCAUACAACCAAAGAGUGACCUGGCGACACCACUCUGGCCUCACAGACGGCCUUGAACAAGGGGUGGACUUGGUGGGGGGCUACUAUGAUGCUGGCGACAAUGUAAAGUUCGGUCUGCCAAUGGCUUAUACUAUUACACUGCUUUCUUGGGGUGUCAUUGAGUUUAAAGAUGAAAUAGCUGCAGCAGGUGAACUAAAUCAUGCCCUUGAAGCCAUUAAAUGGGGAACUGAUUAUUUCAUCAAAGCACACACUCAUCCUCAUAUUCUCUGGGCUCAGGUGGGUGAUGGGGACACAGAUCACCUGUGUUGGCAGCGACCAGAGGACAUGACAACUUCCCGACGUGCUUACAAGGUUGACGAGGAACAUCCUGGAUCUGAGGUGGCGGCUGAGACAGCGGCAGCCAUGGCCGCCACCUCUAUCUUGUUCAGGAGAAAAGAUCCACGUUACUCGCACCUUGUAUUGAACCAUGCAGAGCAGCUAUUCGAGUUUGGAGAUAAAUUUAGAGGAAAAUACGACACGAGCAUUAAGGUCGCAAGAAGAUACUACACGUCGAUAAGUGGAUACAACGAUGAGUUGUUGUGGGCUGCCCUGUGGCUGCAUAAGGCAACAGGCAACAUAACCUACUUGGAUUAUGCCAUUAAAAACGCCGAGGCCUUUGGUGGGAGCACUUGGGCCAUCACUGAAUUCAGCUGGGAUGUUAAGUUUGCCGGCGCCCAAAUUUUAGCUUCCAUGUUACCCACGCGAGGAAAGAAGAAAAGAGACGAGCAAGUCCUGCGCGAGUACCGCUCGAAAGCCGAGCACUACAUGUGUGGGUGCCUCGACAAAAACAAGGCCGCAAAUGUGAAGCGGACCUCAGGUGGGCUCCUCUACACUCGUCGGUGGAACAAUAUGCAGUAUGUCACCACCUCAAUCCUCCUACUCACAGCCUACACCAACCACCUUCAGUCCACCGGAGGAGUGCUAGGCUGCUACGCGGGCCCAGUGGGCCCAGACGAGAUCCUAGCCUUUGUGAAAUCACAAGUGGACUACAUCUUGGGCUCUAACCCAAUGGGCUUGAGCUACCUGGUUGGGUACGGGCCUGCGUACCCAACCAGGGUGCACCACAGGGGUGCAUCCAUUGUGUCGUAUAAGGAGAGCAGUGAUUUCGUGGGGUGCAUGCCAGGGUACCAUCGUUGGUUCGUGUCGCCCAGCCCAAACCCAAACGUGCUCGUUGGGGCUUUGGUGGGUGGGCCAGAUUCGGAGGACGUGUUUAGGGACAAGAGAGAUAAUUUUGCACAGACGGAGGCCUGCACGUAUAAUACUGCACCGUUGGUUGGGGUUUUUGCUAAGUUCCACGCGACUCAAAAGGAUAGUGUGAUUUGA